AUGCCGCUCCAGAGGCGACACGGCCAGCCCGACAGGAGUACUGGGUGCCAAGAAGGGAGAGCGUGGCAGCGAGCAGCGAGCAUGUCGCGGCGACGAGACGAAACGACGUUGGCCGUUCCCGUCAAGCUGGGAUCUGGUGUCAUUUUAACCUCACAUCCUGCUGUCCUGACCCGUCCUGGGCCGUCCUUGGCGUUGUGCUGGAUGCGGGCGUCGGAGUCUUGGGAGCAGUCUGGGCAUGAUUUCUCGGCGGGCGCCAGGGGCCUUUUCUGGGUUCUCCUGGGCACCGAACAGCGACUACGGGUAAACAACCGCGCCCCGUCCGCUCCGUCGUGGCUUGGCGCCCAGACCGAUCAGCGCUAG